AUGAAGUUCUCUGUGCUCGUCUGGCUUGUACCAGCGCUGGUAGCAUCUCAGAGCACAACCACGUCUUCACUCCCAGCAUGGGCAACGGGUGUGGAAACGGAGGAUGGGACCUGCGGCGGAACAACAGGGUGGGUAUGCACCCCGACCUGGGGCGCUUGCUGCUCCAAGGAUGGAAUAUGUGGCCGCUCUGACGCCUAUUGUGGUGAAGGCUGUCAACCCUUAGCUGGAAACUGUAACGCGGUCGCAGCACCUGCGCCGGGACCCGGAAGUCCAUCUCCAGAUGGCUCCUGUGGCGGUGCAAAUCAGUACAACUGCACUGGUGCUACCUACGGCGCCUGUUGUUCGUCAAGUGGUUACUGUGGCGACACAACCGGUCAUUGUGGCGCGGGCUGUCAGAGCCUCUUUGGUACCUGCUCAACGGUCGACGACACCGUCAGUACUGAUGGACAGUGCGGUAGUAAUGGCAAGACCUGCGAGGGAUCCGGUUUCGGGGACUGCUGUUCCUCUGGCGGUUGGUGCGGUGGCACAGAUGCACACUGCGGAACUGGUUGCCAGGAGGGCUUUGGCAACUGCACCAGUACUGGGAGCAACCCGCCAUCGGGUGGCAUUUCUGUCGAUGGCGCAUGUGGAGCCAACGGCAAGACGUGUGAAGGGUCUACCUUUGGCGACUGUUGUUCUUCCAGUGGUUACUGCGGAGGCACGGAUGCAUUCUGCGAUGCUGGAUGUCAAUCCGGCUUUGGGCUCUGCUCUGACGCAGUAAAUGUUACAACAGACGGUACAUGCGGCCAUGAUGGCAAGAUUUGCACAGGCUCGACCUUUGGCAACUGCUGUUCAGCGAAUGGGUACUGCGGAGAUUCUGACAGUCAUUGUGGUACGGGUUGUCAGCAGUCUUUUGGCAAGUGCUCUGCCCCAAGUAACGUGACUACCGACGGAACUUGUGGCAAGAACGGCAAAACCUGCAAGGGGUCGACAUUUGGAGACUGUUGCUCAUCAAGUGGUUACUGUGGUUCGACCAGCGAUCAUUGUAGUGUUGGUUGCCAGUCAUCAUUCGGAACCUGUGACAGCGGCAGCGCUAAUAUAUCGACCGACGGAUCGUGUAGUAAGAAUGGCAAGACCUGCAAGGGCUCAACAUUCGGAGACUGCUGUUCGGCAUCCAACUAUUGUGGCAAGACAACGGACCACUGCGGCACCGGAUGCCAGUCUGGCUUUGGCACGUGUACCAGCACUGAUAACAACAUCUCAACCGAUGGAGCCUGCGGCAAGAAUGGAAAGACGUGCAAAGGAUCGACGUUUGGCGACUGCUGCUCCUCAAGUGGCUAUUGUGGCAAGACAACCGAUCACUGCGGCGCUGGUUGCAAUGCAGCCUUCGGUACCUGUAGCAGCGGUUCCAGCAACAUCUCUACAGACGGCCAGUGUGGAAGCAAAAAUGGCAAGACAUGUGUGGAAUCCGGGUUCGGAGGUUGUUGUUCACUUACUGGCAAUUGCGGCAGCACUGGGGCUCAUUGUGGCCAAGGAUGCCAGAAAGAUUCUUCCAGCGCUUGCUUGACGACAAAUAUCCCCACGAACGAUGGUACUUGUGGAGCCAAGGUCGGCCUCACAUGUGCCGGCGGUAGCUUUGACGGCAAUUGCUGUAGUUCCAGCGGGUAUUGUGGAACGACCACUGGGCAUUGUGGCACCGGAUGUCAACGUGGUUAUGGAAAGUGCACCUAG